GGGUGUCAGUGGUGGGGUGACGGUCUGGGGUUGCUUACACUUUCCUUGACUGUUGCUGCUUCUGUUAACGUGCUUGGCGGCUUCUGUUGUCUUAUACUGCUAUUAUUGUCCUCUUAAGAAGACCCGUGCCCGUCUUUUAGCCAUUGUUUAUGGCCAUCAUCUCUUAGUCCUGUAUUUCAUAUUGAUACAGAAAAAGGUUUGUUUUUCGAAGCUGUGUUUGUGUUAAGCUUUUUAACUAUCAGUGCGGAUCCACAUAAUGAUGCUAAUUAAGUGAAGUUGGUCAAACUGCCCAUAAAUUCAACUACAUGCAACAAAAUCAGAGUUUGAAAAAGAUAAAAGUGAAUUAACAAGUGUACAGGAAAUCAUCUCCCGUUGUAAAUAACUGGGUAGUUUGCAAAAAAAAAAAAAAAAUGGCAUCACUGCGUUCAAUUCGAGCAGGUUUAUCUCGUUCUUAUCAGUCCCUUAACACCAUAGGGCGCGACGGGAACGAUAACGAGGGUUUAUACGAUCGUAGCUCAACCACUGACUGGAUAGGCGUCGACAACCUCAAGAGGAAAAACGCCAAUAAACCAUUUUCGGUGAUUAAAAAUGCCAUGGCCAGAGUGUCUCGCAACAAACACAGCAGUGCUUCUAGGAUUUCAGUCAUACUUAGAGACCUGGAUGACGAGUGGACCAUUAACGAAGACCCUUCUGAAGGGAACAGUUUUCUGAGGAAACUGCGCUCGUCUUCCAGGAUGCCUUCCUCUAUCGCCGUGCCCGCCGAGCAGGCUUCCCUCCUAGGGACGAUGCCUAGCGAUGCCCUGGAUGACAUCGAACUGCGGCAUGUCCAGUUAUCAGUGUCUAACUCGCGGUCGUUGAGCGAGGACGGGUCUACAGGCAGCAAGGAGACAGUGGACACCCAGCAUGGUCCCAUCACUGUGGCCGUCACUGGCGACACCUCUAAGCCUGUCAUCCUCACAUACCAUGAUCUUGGGCUCAAUCACGUCACCAAUUUCCAGGCCUUCUUCUUGUACCCAGAGAUGAGGAAUAUUCUCAACAAUUUCUGUAUUGUUCACGUUAAUGCCCCCGGUCAAGAGGAGGGAGCCCCAACACUUCCAGAAGGAUAUGUAUAUCCAACAAUGGAGGAACUCUCCGAAACUAUCACAUGUGUCAAGAAUCAUUUUCACCUUCGCACUUUUAUUGGAUUUGGUGUGGGUCUUGGGGCCAAUAUCCUAGCACGAUAUGCCACAAAGUACCCUUGUGAUGUAGAUGCUCUGGUCCUAGUUAAUUGCUCGUCCACCCAAGCUGGAUGGAUUGAAUGGGGUUACCAGAAACUUAACAUUCGUCACCUCCGUUCUGGCACCAUGACAACAGGCACUGUAGAUUACCUCCUAUGGCAUCACUUUGGCAAGAGAGAGGAAUGCAAUCAAGACCUGGUAACUGUAUAUCGACAGCACUUUGAGAAGGCACUAAAUGCCACCAAUCUUGGCCUUCUUGUUGAUUCCUAUAUUCGCCGCACUGAUCUGGGCAUUGUGCGAGAGCUUGACCCCAACAAGAAGAAGGAUGUUCGCAUGAUCCGGUGCCAGGUGCUCAAUAUUACCGCCAAUCAUUCUCCUCAUAUUGAGGACACUGUGACCUUCAAUGGAAGACUGGACCCUACACUAGCAACAUGGAUGAAGAUCCAGGACUGUGGACUGGUGAUAGAUGAAGCUCCAGGCAAAGUGGUGGAAGCCUUCCGUCUCUUCCUGCAAGGGCAGGGAUAUGCGGUGAGUGGGUCCCGGCGAUCCUCAGCAGUGUCGAUUGGAGAAGGUAAAUCGUGUUGAACGCAUCACCCAUCAUCAAAAAACAAGCUUUGUCGGUGCACAAUCGCGGCAUUGGCUCCCGACAAGCAUCUCUUGCUUCAGUCAAUGGAUCUGCAACAUGCGUAAAGGAUAUCCGAAUUACAGAAAAUCCCCUGCAAAACCCCACUGUCUGAGCAUUAGCAACCUUACCUGGGAUGAAGAAUGGGACACUUCUAUGAAGAUCAUUGUGUUUGUGAAGUGACAGUGGUUUGUCGAUUUUAGUCAAAUGGUCCUGCAGUAUGUCAACUAUAAAAAGAUCAAAGGACAAAUUUUAAGCGUUGACAGUGUUAUAGGAUAGAGGCAUAAUUCUUACUGAUGACCACAUGAACUUUUUUUAACCAAAAAAAUUAUGGCUUGAAAUUUUUUUAAAGUAUGCAUUAUUUUUCUUUCUUGUGAACAUUCAUUUUUUUUUAUUAUACAAGUGAUGUCAGUGAUUUUUUUUUAUCAUACUUCAGGUAUUACAGAUUUUAGAGCUAUGAUAUUAAUAGGUAAGCUUUGUUGUUGCUGUUGGUUCGAGAGGCUUCUGUUGUUCAGUCGAACAAGCGUUUAAAAUAGCUUUCUAAGUGAGAUAUUCCACAUAACCACUGUUAAUUUGGGAGAAAGGAUUACCUAGAUUUUCUGCAUUGCAUAGAAUUUUUGGAGUAAUAAGGGUAAAGGCUUAAAAUUAUAUAAGCAUUGAAGUUGAUACUUGGCAUUACUGAGAGUAAGGGCAAACUCAACUCAAAUUUAGUGAAUGCUGUCUGAAACUGCAAUUUUGCAUAUAAAAAUUAUUAAAAUAAUUUUUUAACUUAUUUUUUAUACUGUACAUCCUGUAUACAGUACAUUGUUUUAAAUAAUUUUUGGUCAUAGUUAUAAGGCUGAGUUUGCCCAUGCUUUUGGCAACACCUUGUAUGCUUUCUAUAUCACUGUCAGUACAGUAUUACAGUCUGCUGCUUCACAUAGCUUACCAGAGAAAUUGUUGUCACCAUUUAAUUAGAAAAUCAUGGGUACUGUGCUAUUUAACUAGGAAUUAUGAGAGGCUCUAGUUUCACAGGAAUAAUAAUAGACUAAGUAGCACAAACUGUGAUACAGUAUUGCUACAUGCAGUUUUAAUCUUAUUUAAAAUCCUAGUAUUGUUCAUUACUUUAUUAUUCAAUUCUGUCUACUUAUUUAAUCUUUUGUUGCCACUUAUUUUAUGGUAUGAUGCAGUAUUCUUGAGAUUUAUUUUAAAGUUUUAGAUUAUCAUUUGAAAAUCUGAAUUACUUAAGUUGAAACCAUUCUUCUUAAUUUGGUUUUGAAAACAAAGCACUGAUGCAGACCUCUUGGUAAAUAUAAUCUAGUCAGAUUUGGUAAUGGUAUUGUAAGAGUCCUGAGGAAGACAACAUUCAAGAUAUUUGUACAGUGCCGUUUUCAUGUUUAUAACAGAGUACACAGUGUGUUUCAGCACAGAACAAGAGAUAUGUAUCUUGAUAUACAAUUUAACCAUUUUAAAGGGAGUUAAAUUCCAUGCAGUUUCCAUUCUGUUGCACUCCUUGAGAAUGUGAUUGAGAGAUCAUGAAGGAACUUGGCAUAUAAUUCCCUUUGAAAUUUGUGAAAUUGAAUACAGACCCAAAUUUUAAUUGUUUUUCAUUUUCUAAACUUUUAAACAAAUAAUAUAUCCAUAGAUAAAUGAGUUACUCACAAAUUUUCCAUGAGUAGCAAGAGUAGACUUGAGAUGAAGUUAUGCUGGAAUUUUGAAUCUUACAAAAACUUUGCUGAGGUCUCAAAGAUAUUGCUGUUUUAAAUGAUCUUUGAUAGGGAGCUCCAUAUCUUGAAUGAUAUUACUGUAACUCAGAGGGGAUAUGCCAGGAACAAUUAUUUUUAAAUAAAAAUGGGGAAAAUAAUAUCUCGCAAAAGUACUCAAAUGCUAAAGCUUGUGUAUAUAGUUGUUAUAACAAUGUUAGUCUUCUUAUUCAGAGAAUCCCUAUGUACACCACUGCGCUGAAAUGUUAACACGUGAAAGUCUGAAUAAUGUGCCCUGAAAAUGUAAUAGAAACCAUUUUGAAUCAUGUUCAGCUCAUUGUUACUCUCAUAUUCCAUUUGUUAAUAAUGCCUUUUAAUUAUUUUACUUACAAAGCCUAAGUUUGGGGCUGCAACACUUUCUCGCAUACAUUUGAAUGAUUGUGUAUCUGUUUACUGAGGUCGCUCUUAAGGGUGAAAAUCCUGAAGCAGUUAAUGCAUUUUACCAUAUUACUAUAGCAUUGAUAGUUAAUGGCUUUUAUGUUAUUACCAUCUUGGUUUCCUUGAAAGAUAGGUGGACUUCCACAUUAUAUAUAUGGCAACUGUGUGUAUAUACAAUAUGCGUCAAAACCCUGUGGUGUCUCCUUUCUCUUGGAUAAGUUGGUAAUGAUGUUGAAGAACCAUUAGUAGGUACCCCUCUUUUAUUAUUUAUGUAAAUAGUUAAGAUUUUCUGUUACAUCACUAGCUAUGUACCUUCUUUAGUUAUUUACAUCAGUAGGUAUAUGCUCACUUAUUUGCAAAAGUAUAUACCAUAUUCUAUUAUUUACAAUAGGAACCACUUUUAUUUACAAUAAGAACCUUUCAUUUACAGUAAUAGGUACCCACUUUUAUUAUUGUAAAUAAUAGACACCAUUUUCUAUUAUUUACUCUAAUAGGUACCCUAUUCUAUUAUUUACAAUAAUAGGUAUGCACUCUAUUGUUUACUCAUUCAUUUAGGCAGUAUAAUAGUUGUGAUAUCUUGCUUAUUUUAUAGAUCAAUUAAUUUAGAAUUUUAUUUCCUAUAGUAUUGUUUUAAGGAUAUAUAAAUAAAGGUUUAAUAGAGUACUCUACUUGUUAAAACUCGUAGAUUAAAUGGGUUCAGGAGAAAAUGUCAGAAAUACAAUGUGUUUUAAAGUGACUUUAAUUCUUGUAAUCUAUUUUUAUUAAGUUUUUAUUCAAUAAGAUAUGUUUGAAAUUUAUCAGAACUAAAGUUCAUAGAUCUUGGAUUCUAUGAUAGUUUAGUUUUAAUGUAGUGACUGUAAUAUAGUGUGACAUAGUAUUUUAACAGGAGGAAGAUUUUGCACCCAGGGUGAUCAUUCACUACAUGCUGAAGCCAUAUCCUGUGAAAAAAAUCAAUAAACAAACAAACAAAAUAACAAAAA